AUGCAGUCGAUGAAGUUUGGACACUCGAUCGACGCGCCGUCGCUCGUCAUAUCCGCGCUUCAGCGCGUCUUCACGACCCGCAUCUCAGAGACGAAGAUGACUGUCAGCAGCAUGUGCGCGAUGGUCAACGACGCCAAGGACCUCGCGCCGUAUCUCCUCGACACGAUUGCGCCGCGCUUCCAAAUGCAGCUGCUCGAACUGAUUCUCGAGGUCCGCACGGUCGCAUCCAAGGUGCUUGGAAUGUUUGUCAAGGGCCUUGGCGAGAGCUACUCUCUGCACCUCGUGUUAUCGCUGCUGCAAACCAUCGAGUUGGAGUCAUCAUCGGUCGAGGGGUCGGGUUCGGCCCAGGGGCUCUACGAUGUACUCGUCAACCUUGGCCCGAGCGUGCUCGACCACGGUCUACGCGACGAAAUCUUUCCGAUUGCGCGCCACCCAAGGCCGCAGCUAUGGUGUCGGCGUUCGCUGCACGUG